AUGGAAAAUAAGCGAGGCUUUGACAUCGACCCUGAUCUUGGUGACGUUUACACGGGCUUACAGCAACGGCGCCAGCUGACCGAUUCUACCGCAACCCACCAGCCAGAGCUCCACAACACCGCAUCCCCAGCCCACGCGAGCUCUGUUGAGCUUGAGCCAACACCUGGAGCUCCCGCAGCUGUAGCUUCUGCAGCUGGUGCUGGUGGUGAGACCUUAACCGGGUCCUCCCUACCAGACGUCCAUAAGAAGCCACGCUUCUUCCCCUGGCCGCCGGUCCCUUGGAGAAGACUCCCUUUCGCGAUGGUGCCUAAUAACCCGUCGGCGACCUCGUCGUCCUCUCCUCCUUCAAACAAAGCAGCCGACAAAUCUUCAAACCCUACGAAUACAAAUACCGCCAACAACCCCUCUUCAUCGUUCCCCCAUUCCCCGCCAAACGUUAUCCCCUCGCGCAAAUCCUCCAUCGGCCACCACUCCGCAGCCGCCGCCGCCGCUGCUCCCGUCUCCCUCUCCGCCCACGCGGCCGCGCCCAUGCCCGCGACCUCCAAAGGGCCCCUCCGUACCGUUCCCGAGACCGACUGGCUCUCCCGCGCCAACUACCACACCAAUACCAACAACGGUCACGGCCAAACCCACGCCCACAAGCACUCGCUCUCGCACUCUUCUCACCGGUCUCGCCGCCCUUCCCUGGGGACCAACCAAGCCACCUCCUUCACCCUCACGAUGCAGCCUCCCCCGCCCCCGGACCCCUCGCGCUACGCGACCUCUGACCUCAACUUCACCCGCAAGACCUGGCCCGAGGAGAAGGACAAGGUCAUCACCGGCCCUUUUGACUACCUUUUCGCCCACCCGGGCAAGGACUUCCGCGCCCAGCUCAUCCAGGCUUUCAACGUCUGGCUCGAGGUGCCCCAGGCCAGCAUCGAUGUCAUUACAAACGUCGUUGGUAUGCUGCACACAGCCUCCCUCCUCAUCGACGACGUGGAAGAUUCGUCCUCCCUCCGCCGUGGCCUCCCCGUCGCCCACAACAUCUUUGGCGUAGCCCAGACCAUCAACUCGGCAAACUACAUUUACUUCUGCGCCCUCCAGGAGCUCCAGCGCCUCAAGAACCCAAAGACAAUCUCCAUCUUUGCCGAAGAGCUCGUCCACCUCCACCGCGGCCAGGGCAUGGACCUCUUCUGGCGCGACACCCUCACCUGCCCGACGGAGGAGGACUACCUCGAAAUGGUCGGCAACAAGACGGGCGGCCUCUUCCGCCUGGGCAUCAAGCUCAUGCAGGCUGAGUCCCGCAGCCUGACAGACUGCUCCGAGCUCGUCAAUCUCAUGGGCCUCAUCUUCCAGAUCCGCGACGACUACAUGAACCUCUCGUCCAAGGAGUACUCGGACAAUAAAGGCAUGUGCGAGGACCUGACCGAGGGCAAGUUCAGCUUCCCCAUCAUCCACAGCAUCCGCUCCGACCCGUCAAACCUGCAGCUCAUCAACAUCCUCGGGCAGAAGACAAACGACGUCGAGGUCAAGCGCUUUGCCGUCGCGCGCAUGGAGAGCACGGGGAGCUUCGAGUAUACCAAGCAGGUCGUCGGCGUGCUCAUUGACCGCGCGCGCAAGAUUGCGGAUGAUAUCGACGAGGGCCGCGGGCUGACAAAGGGCGUGCACAAGAUUCUCGACAAGAUGGUCCUCGCCGAUAAGAAUACGACUUCAUGA